ACCCAAAACUCAUACCGCAUCCAAUCGGGCCCUUAAAUCUUGGGAAAGAAACAAAGGAGAAACCCGGUGUAGAAUCUGAUCUGGGUAUAGGGUUUUCGAAUUCUCUUCCCCAUCAAAGCUAUCAGCAAUGUUUAAGCGUGGAAACAAAUCAUCAAGGUCAUGGAGUGGCAUUGAGGGACGCCGGGUGCCGGUUUUGUUUACAUGUCUGACUCUAGUACUCUUAGCUUUGAUAAUGUUGCUUCGACACGAUGGGGAGAAACCCGGUUCUUCGACUGGCGUAAUAAAGCAGAAGUGGAAUAGUUUUGACUCUUUUGCUCAAUUUAACCAGACUAUCGAAUUCAGGAAUGGAACAGAUAUCAUAUGGCAAGUACCUGAUUCGCCAAAGGCAGUUCUCUUUUUAGCUCAUGGUUGUAAUGGCCGAGCUGUUAAUUUUUGGGACAUGUCUCCUAAGUGUCCGAACUGUGUUGGCUUGCCUGAGGAAAGGCUAAUUGUCCUUCACGCCCUCGCUCGCAAGUUUGCUGUUCUUACCAUUUCAAGUGCAGGGAGGUGCUGGUCACUUAAGGAGGAAAGAAUGAUCGUCAAAGGAAUUAUCAUGUGGUGGGUUGAGAAACACAAGCUUGAAAAGCUUCCUCUUGUGGCUCUAGGGGCUUCUUCUGGUGGGUACUUCGUUUCUAUGCUUGCGACUGAUGUGAAGUUUAGUAGCAUUGCAGUAAUGAUUGCAGAAGGUGUAUUUGAUCAAAUAGAUAUCAUGAAGGACUACCCACCUACUAUAUUUGUGCACAUGCCCAAAGAUGAAGCUAGGAAGCGGAGGAUUGAUUAUUUUCUCAGGAUUUUGAAGGAUGAAGGCAUUGACGCUGCAGAAAUUAAGUGCAUGGAGUUUCCCUUGUCGCCAAAUUUCUUAUCUGAUAGGAUUCCAGCUCUUGAUGAGACCACUUCAAUGGAGUUGUUUGAUCUGUUCCGGGACAAGGGCUUUAUUGACAAGAAUGGUUUUAUGAGAGCUGAUGGGCGUGCUUUACCCUUGAAAGCAGCUCUCAGGGAGAGUAAAAUUGUUCUGCCAGAUUUGGAUUUAGUCCAUCACAUUGAGGAGGAACUGAAUCUUGCAUUUGCUAAUCAUGAAAUGACUAGCUUGCAGUCUCAGCAAAUAUUUGACUGGUUUGAAUCACACAUGAGGUUAUCAAGACUCUAAUGUAAGGAUGAUGGAGUUUUGAUCAACAGUUCAUUUCCCAAUCCCCCAAAACAAUCCUUUCGUUAGUUGCUUACAACUAAGAGAACUUACUUCAGUCACUCAUGUUCUAAGGUACUCAUUUCCUUUCUUUUCUUUGGUUUGGUUGGUGUGCAUUUAUUUCAUGGGUAAAUAGAUUUUACUUUGUUUUGAAUGCAUGCCGUAUGACAGACUAGAAAUCUAAUGGGGUUAGGUAUAGAUUUCAUUUAAAUAGGUUUCUUACAUACAGUUGUCACCUUCCUUGUUGCUUAAAAUGAUAUGUUGCUUAAAAUAAGAAACUGUUGUCCAAACAAAAGACUUGGACCACUAAAACCAACUAUUCUUUUAGAAGAUUUUUCUGUCUUAUUCAUCGGAACUUGAAUGCAUGAAAUUGACAUGUUUAUGUUAUGACCUCCUUUAAAUAGAUAACGAACGUAUCCUACUUUGUCUAUAUAAUGGCUCUUCCUUCGAACAAGAACUUAAUGGUCAUCUUUAUGUUGUUUUCAAUUUUCUAUUAGUGCUCAAUCAGUGUAAAAGAGAUGGAGAAGGUGGAGUAUCAGACAAUAACUUGUUUUCAUUUUAUGACAAGAAAAUUGCAACUAUACAAGUGGUCAAUCAGUGAAAAUGGAAGAGCUGGAGCAGGAAAAAGUUAACAGUAAUCAGUACGAAAAUUAUGCAGGAAUGGAAAUUUCUUGACACCUUGGCAGUUGACACCCUUUCAUUUCUUUCUGGAUCCUUUUCAUCAUUUGCCUGGCUAUCCUGUGGUGUUUCACUGUUUUCUUCCCUGUUUGGAUGAAGCAUCCUGAGUGGUUAAAUGGAAUUACCCUCUUGCCCUCUACUAAAAAAAAAUAAGAAUGAAGCAUCCUAAUGAUUAUAAAAAGAAAGAAAAGAAGAUGAAGCAUCCUCGAAAUAGGGAUGUAGUGUUACAUGCAUAAACAGAUACACACACACAUUGACACAUCAGUAUUUAUUUUUUCGUUAAUGUUUGUAUGCAUUCAGAAAAGCUAUAUAGAUCCGGGACUUGGAUGAAUUGGGACAUGGGAUCCAUGUUCUUCUAUGACCGUUAGCAUUCUUUUUUUCCCCUCAAUGAAAAAGUUAAGGAGUGACGAGCAUAGUGACUCCCUCGGACCGUGACCAUAGAGUUCCUAAUCUUUCUGGCAUGUGCGGUUGGCUAUGAAGCACCAACACUCCCAAGAGCUUGUUGCAUCCGUGUCCCACACGGAGGACAUGGGGACAUGUCGGGGAUACGGGAAAAAACUUAUGGGACACGCAACGCGGUGUGUCCAAUAAUUUUAAAUAAGUUUCUUCAGGGGACACGGGAGGGACACGGCGGAGACACAAGAGGGUAAAUGCAUAUUAUUUCAAAUAAUUUGGGUUAAAAGUAUAAUAUGAUGUAUAAUAAUGCUUGUUGAUACAUAUUGACUCUUCAUGCUUCUACAUAUAAUUAUGUCUGCCGAGUCUGUGUCCCCGUCUUUUAGAAACUUCAUAUCCCGUUUCGUGUCUGUAUACAUGCUACAAAGGCAGCCGGUAGGUGCUUUUGGGAGGUGAUCACUGUCCCUUCCCAGACAGCUAGUUGCCAUAGCCCAGUUAAGUCUCGCUCAAACUUGCAACCGCAUGGAGAGGCUGGGAGUUUCACCCCACACUUUUGCCAAUUCGAAUGCCACAUUGUUGGUAUGACCACUUGCAAUCAGUUAUUCCUCCCAUUGAGAAUCUUAGCAAUGAAAUCAGUAUCUUACUAUUAUUAAUGCAAGUUGAAGUCAAAUCUCUAUACAAGGCAGUUCCUAUCAUUUGCUGCUGCAUUUUAUGUUAGGCCUGAGUGCACUAGUUAAAAUGGACUCAGAAGUGUUGCUUUGGUUUAACUGUUUUGACUUCUAGAACCUAGUCCUCCCUAUACAUCAGUAAAGCUGAUGUCACCUUCUUACCUGGACUUGUUGAUUGACCCCGUUGAUGAAUGUGGACAAGGAAUUUGUUACAUUUCAUUGCCUCAAAGUAAUCGCGAAUCUAUCCUCCAUGGGGGCAAAGUAGCUGCCAGCAUAACCAGGUAGUGCUACCAGGUGAAGCAAUUGCCAUGAAUUGUGCAGGAAAUUAUUUGAUCUACGUUUGAUCAGCUAGCCAUUUAAGUUUUUGACAAAGUAUAAUUAGAAAACCCAUAUGAGACACAGAGGAAUCUGCUAUUCUCUUUUCUAAAUUACAUUGACCCAGAGAUGUUGAGGCUGCAUGUCCUAUAGUCCUAUUAUAUCUUCCAAAUCGUACUCUUCUUUGUUAUUAUUCUAGAUCAUAUUUUAUGAAACGUGCCCUCACGUAGCAUGGUAAAAUGAUGUCACCGACCCAUUCAUACAUGGCCGCUCAAGGCAGAUCCAAGGAUCCCCAGGCCGAGCUGACUGCCCUGAGUGUCAUAAGCGUUUCUAUGUCGUGAAAUUGUUGAAUCUCUCAUCCUCCAUUUGUGUCCUAGGACAAGCACAUUUUGGUCAAACCUGUAAUUAUUGCAAAGGACAUCCCUUGUUCAUUGUUCAUUGUUCAUUCAAUGGUCUCAGUAAACAUACUGGCAUCCAGAGCAACAACAUCCCUUUUAAAAUUUGAUGAAAUCAGAUCGUGCGGUUGUGAUUGCAUGAAACAAGGGACAGAGGAU